AUGAACUGGAUCAUCGCACGGAAGUGGUGCCAAGCACAUUACAUAGACCUGGUUGCCAUUCAAAGCCGGGAGGAAAACGUGUAUCUCAACGACUAUUUGCCACAACAAAAGAAAUACUAUUGGAUUGGGAUCAGAAAACUCAAGCGCGAGUGGAACUUGGUCGCAAUCAACAAGUCGCUUACGCCAGAGGUGUCAAACUGGGCCCCAAACGAACCGAACAACGGAAAGGGUAACGAGCGCUGCGUGGAGAUUUACAUCAAGAGCGCAAAAAACUCCGGGACAUGGAACGACGAGUCUUGCUUAAGGAAUAAAACAGCCUUGUGUUACAAAGCAUCCUGUCGUCCAGACUCGUGCAGCGGCAAUGGUGAAUGUAUGGAAAAUAUCAAUAAUCACACAUGCAAAUGUUCACAAGGAUUCUACGGGGUGCGAUGUGAAAACGCGAUUAAGUGCAGAGAACUAGCAUCCCCGGCGCAUGGCUCCAUGCGUUGUACACGUCCUCUGGGCAGCUUCUUCUACAAGGCAGAGUGCGAGUUCCACUGUGAGGAGAGAUACAGACUGAACACUUCCAGCAAGCUGCUGUGUGGACCAGAUGGACAGUGGACUGACAGUCAGCCACAGUGUGAAGUAUCCUGUCAGCUGGACUCAUGCAGUGGCAAUGGUGAAUGUGUGGAAACUAACAACAGCUUGAAGUGCAGGUGCUUCCAAGGAUUCUAUGGGCAGCGUUGUGAAAGUGCCGUGCUUUGCUCCAUAAUCCAGGCCCCACGGGAUGGCAGUGUUAUCUGCCCAGGUUCCACUGGAGAGCUUCGCUACGGCUCCACCUGCAGCUUCGCCUGCCAUGCAGGAUUCACUCUCCAUGGGACUAAAGUCAUGAUGUGCAAUGCCUCAGGGGAAUGGGUCGGAGAGAAGCCUCUCUGUCAAGUUCAUCGUUCUCUCUUGAUGGAUGUGGUCAAAUGGGUCGUAGCAGCACUUACUGUCCUGCCAAUCAUUGUGUGGGUCUUCAUACUAUACCAGAGGAAGAAGAAAGCAAAACAGUUUGGCCUGAACAAUGAUACGUAUAGUGACAAUCCUCCAGAAGUUUACAGGAACAGUGCUGAGAGUCUCAUUUAAAGCCUCUCACACACAGGCCCCUGUUACACCAACCCUGUAGAGCGGCCAUUCGGGACAAGAAGGACUGAGCAAAUGGAGCACACUCUUUCAUCUGAGCAUGCUCACCUGGCAGUGAAACACAACUUAGAAAAGAUAGAUGGGCAUAAUAUUGCACAAUGUUUUUCACAUUUCUCUUCCAGUGGGAGGUGUUAACUGUAAUUCCGAAAAAUGUAGUGUCUGGAUGUGAUUAAUUACUUUUGCGAUUCUGCUCAUUGUUCAUUGUGCUGACAAGUAGGGCUGCUCAUUAUCUCUGAACCACAUAUUUUUCCUCUUACGGGCGUGCUUACUACCACCUCGGUGGCAUGUGCGAGGGGGUAACAAUGCAUUCCUGCCUAACCCAUCCCCCGUCAAUCUCUCAUCAGGCGAGCCUAGGGCCGGGUCCUCGACAAUUGGUCUGGCAAACUUGAACUGGUUACGAUUUAUUGGGCUUGUCGAAUAUAUUGUUGAUGUUUUUACUUUACCUCAUGUAAAAUGAAUACAAAUGACACUUAAACUUCCUCAAAGAGCCGCGUGGCGCAACAGGCUAAGACGCAGCAGACUUGCACAAACAAGCACCUCACGGUCACGACUUGUGAGACAAGAAGAUGUGUCGCUCUCCUGCUGGCCGUCGAGGGACGGGGUGUGGGCGGUGUAUCUAAUACUAGCUCUAAUUGAAUCAGACGGGGUCCAAUUGGCUACCAAAUUGGGGAAAAAAAUCCAUGUGCUGUUGAAGUUAUUAUUGAUAUUUAUUAUUGAAAAGUAAAGUGAAUAACCAUAGCACUUGUAUGCUGUUUUCUUUCUGUUGUCUCAACUUGAAUAAAUAUGGUGCUGUCGGUGUUAGUUUUAGCCACAUAGCUGUGUUUAUAUUUUAAUAAAAGCUCUGAGUCUGA